CACCAAUUUCUUUUGCGUAUAAAUUGCCCCCCUCCCAAAAUUUUCUCCACCCAAAAAAAACUGCUUUGCUCCCACUGUGCGGUGACAUUAUCAUAAGCCCAUUCCUCUGUGUCUCUUUUUGCGUGAACUAGAUUCUACCUUUCAAUAUGUCCAACCUUCCUUCUGAGCCUGAGUUUGAGCAGGCAUACAAGGAACUUGCGUCCACCAUCGAGAGCUCCUCUCUCUUCAAGAAGAACCCCGAGUACCGUACCGCACUCGCCGUCGUUUCCGUCCCAGAGCGUGUCAUUCAAUUUAGAGUCGUCUGGGAGGACGACCAAGGCAAGGUCCAAAUCAACCGGGGAUACCGUGUGCAGUUCAACUCGGCCCUUGGUCCCUACAAAGGUGGACUCCGUUUCCACCCUACCGUCAACCUCUCGAUUCUGAAAUUCUUGGGAUUCGAGCAAAUCUUCAAGAAUGCCCUCACCGGAUUGAACAUUGGAGGUGGAAAGGGAGGUGCUGAUUUCGACCCCAAGGGCAAGUCAGACAAUGAGAUCCGUAGAUUCUGUGUCUCUUUCAUGCGCGAACUCAGCAAGCACAUUGGUGCCGACACCGACGUUCCAGCUGGUGAUAUCGGAGUAACUGGACGUGAGAUUGGAUACCUCUUCGGUGCCUACCGUGCCCAGCGCAACCUCUGGGAGGGUGUGUUGACUGGCAAAGGCGGCUCUUGGGGAGGAAGCUUGAUCCGUCCUGAGGCAACCGGCUAUGGUGUCAUCUACUAUGUCGACCAUAUGAUUUCUUAUGCUUCUGGCGGUAAAGAGUCUUUCAAGGGCAAGAGAGUCGCCAUCUCUGGCUCCGGAAACGUUGCUCAGUAUGCUGCUCUCAAGGCUAUUGAGCUCGGCGCUACAAUCCUUUCGCUCUCAGACAGCAAGGGUGCACUCAUCUCUGCCGAUGGCAAGGGCUUCUCUCCUGCCGACAUUGCACUUAUUGCCCAGGUUAAGGUUGAGCGUAAGCAGUUGACCGAGAUCACUAGCCAAGACGCUUUCAAGGGCAAGUUCAAGUAUAUUCCUGGUGCCCGGCCAUGGAUCCACGUCGGCCAGGUCGAUGUUGCCCUUCCCUGCGCUACGCAAAACGAAGUGUCGGGCGAGGAAGCCGAAGCUCUGAUUAAGGCCGGCGCAAAGUUCAUUGCGGAGGGUUCUAACAUGGGUUGUUCGCAAGCGGCUAUUGACGCUUUCGAGGGCCACCGUAAGGGCAACCAGGCCCAAGGUGUCUGGUACGGUCCUGGCAAGGCAGCCAACUGCGGCGGUGUCGCUGUUUCUGGCCUCGAGAUGGCUCAGAACUCUCAGCGUAUCUCCUGGACUGCAGAGGAAGUUGAUAACAAGCUCAAGGAUAUCAUGGAAGCUUGCUUCAAGAACGGUCUUGAGACCGCCAAGGAAUACUGCGAACCCGCUGAAGGCGAGCUUCCCAGCUUGGUCGCUGGAAGCAACAUUGCCGGAUUCAAGAAGGUUGCGGCCGCCAUGCACGACCAGGGAGACUGGUGGUAAAUGGUGAUGGACCGAUGCCUGUAAGGCACCUGGUUUCAAUCAUCUUUGUGAAUGAAGUAAGGUGUGGCCCUUGCAUUCAACGUUGAGCUGCGUCCCUCGCGCCACCGCACCCCACUUCGUAUAACGAUGUUUACUUUCGCUUGCUUAAUUGAGCGGGUUCAUGUUUUAACGACUUCCAUUUCACGUAUUCUACAGCGGAGU